CAAAGAAGUCAGCAGUGGAUCCAACGGUAUUGAAUAGUCUACUGCUGGAAUCGAAAAGUAAAAAUAUAGCACUGUAGCCUAAACAUACCAUGCAUGUAAAAAACAGUAUAACACAUUUUAUAUUUAGUAGUCCCCCGGUAGCCAUGUUUAUAAUGCAAUAGUGCAGAAAGGUGCAAGCAGCUGGUACGUGAAACACUCAAGAAGAGUCUAUGAGUUGAGAAGUCUGAAGGCCUGAUUUGUUAUUGUGUUUUUUAUCCUGACCCUGAGACUGUUAUACAGUCUUUGUAGCUUGUUGUGUAGAGUGCAGCUCUUGUCCCUGCCUGCAGGGGAGGGUCGUCAGGGUCGUGCAGGUUUCUCCUUCAGCUCCUCCUUCCUUCCUCACCUCGGUCACGCUGUCAUUAAGCGACCCGGCUCCCGAGCCUUGACGGAAAUCCUAACAAAAUGAAGAUCUGGGCGUCAGAACACAUUUUCAACCACCCAUGGGAGACGGUGACCAAGGCGGCGAUGCAGAAGUAUCCCAACCCCAUGAACCCCGGUGUGUUUGGUGUAGAUGUCCUGGACAGAAGUGUGGACACAGAGGGACGGUUGCACAGCCACCGACUGCUCAGCACAGAGUGGGGCCUCCCCAGCAUGGCCAAGACUAUGUUCGGGGUAACACGGUCAUGCACUUAUGUUGAGGAACAUUCUGUGGUGGACCCCAAAGAAAAGAGCUUUGAGUUGAAAUCUACAAAUAUCUCCUUCACUAACCUUGUAUCUGUGGAUGAGAAGUUGACAUACAAGCCGCAUCCAGAGGACCCCGAAAAGACAGUGCUGACACAGGAGGCUUUAAUCAGUGUGAAAGGUGUCAGUCUGAGCAGCUACCUCGAGGGUCUCAUGGCCAAGACCAUCUCUAUCAACGCCGGCAAGGGUCGGGAAGCCAUGGAGUGGGUCAUCAGGCGAUUAAACACAGAAAUCGAGGAGUUGGCGGCGAGUGCUCGUGGUUCUAUACGUGCUCCAAUGGCAGCUGCUGUCACAGACAAAUGAUCGCGGCCCCCGCAGCUUUCCCCCCCGCCAUCAUGAACCGGUGGACCUCUCGGACAGUUACUCUCUCCUAACCUGCCAACACAGCCUGAUAACCACAGCCUGAUAACCACAGCCUCACCCUGUGUGUGUGUGUGUGUGUGUGUGUGUGUGUGUGUGUGUGUGUGUGUGUGUGUGUGUGUGUGUGUGUGUGUGUGUGUGUGUGUGUGUGUGGUCUUCCCUCCUCAGCAGUCUGCGUUGGCGAGUUAGAUACUUGCUGCUUUGGGCAAUGAUGAGGAGAGUUGAGCUGAUGACAGUUAAAAAAAAGAAACAGGGUUGAGUUGGACUGCACUUGAAGCUCAUAGGAAUUAUUAUUGUAAUGUUAAAGCUCUUUAAAAAUCACACUGUGCCUCCAUGUCAUCUCAUCAAUUUCUCUUCUGUCUUCCUCCCCUUCUUCUUCUUCUCUCUCUCUCUCUCUUUUUAUUGUUUCCUUUUCCUUGCUAGCAGGUUGAGUACUUGUAACUGCUGUAAUGAAGUCAUUUUUCUAGCUCUUCUGGAUGGCUUAGCUUGCUUUGUACUGCAGAACAGACCAAAAUAUCUCGGUAACAAGAAGCCACCAAAGUAAAACAGUCUAACAACAAAGUUAAAAGUAACACAGCUACUGCUUUCUUGUCUUGUGACGUCAAAACUCCAGGCUUUUAUUCCCACUGGCCCGAGUCUGGUUUCUUUGCCUCAUCUGGGUGUUGUCACAGAUGUAUUUGAGUCGAUGCAGCUCAGAGGAAGCAGAGCUGUUGUCGAACAGCCAGAUCUGCAUUUAGGUUACGUGCCCAGUUUAUGGGUGUACUUGCAUGGUGCUGUAUAGGUUUAUUUGUCAAACUGUCAAAGCAGUUUAAAGGAAAUGAGUGUUCAUUUCGAUGCAGAUCUGUUAGAGCUGUUAGCAUGGUGGACUGGUCCUCAGAUAUUCUGGUCUUGUUCUUGCUAAAGAAAGAAUUCUCUUCUGCCUUUGUUAGUAUUUUCUCUUACACUGAUGAUGUGUUGUAUAGUUGUGUUACAGUAUACAUAUUUGAGUACUUGAAUGUCUAACUUAUUUUCAGCAUGUGUACUUAAAUACACUUAAGAAGUGGCAAGUAUUGAGCUGUAAAAAAAUAUGUAUGGGCGCUUAUCAAAAUGACCGCAGUGUGUUUAAUGUUUUCGAACGUUCAGAAGGAGGGUUACGUUCAGGAUCACUGAGUGUGCCAACAUAAUAUGUGCAGAUUCCAAUUUCUCUACCCAUUUAAUACCCCAAUUCACUUUAACUGUGAACAAACCCACUCUGUAUGCUGCGUCCAUUCAUUUCAUACCAUCUAUAGAUACUGUUAUUUAUAGUAUUUGUAUUAGUGAACAUUGACAAAGGCUGUUGACUUGAUUUUAAAAGCUUGUCGUAUUUGUAUGCACUUCCCCUCUUUACCCCAUAGCAGACUCUCAGGUUCUACAGAGUUCAGUUUCCCUGCUUCCUCUAAGGACCACACUGAGAUGAAGGCGCCAUAAUAACUUUGCAACUCUUUGUGCGUUCUUCCCUUUUCUCCUCUAGACAUUUGAACAAGGACAGUUCUACAAAAGCUAAAAUUACAACAAAAGUUAUGUUAUUAUGUCUGUUGAUGGCGCUCUACAUCAAAAGGUCAGUCGAUGUCCUGCUCUGUUACUUAAUUAAAUCUCCUUUUAUCCACAGUAGGUCAGUCUCUUUGUCACGCCUGCUUCUGUUUCAGCUGAGCUUCUUUUUCAAAGCUUCUUCAUCACUAACUCUUGUUGAAUCAGCCAGUCCUCCACAGUGUCAUUACAGAAGUGUGAUGUGUUUCUACAGAGAACAUUUUAGGAACAGUGGCUGUACAUAGGCUUUUAUUUAUAUUUUGGUGGUGUUACAUUCCAAGAAUGUGAACAUGUAACAGAAUCUAAAGAAAUGUUUCAAAAAUAAAGAGAUGUCAUUGUUUCAUGAA